AUUUCCACCGCCGCCGUCGCUUCCGGCACUGUCACCGGCAACCAACCGGUGAGUCAUCUCUCUCCGCCCCCUCCGAUAAUUCGUUGCAGACUUCUCCUAUGAAUCUGUAUAACUGAAAUCACAUUCUCAGUUUUGUUUUAUUUUUUUUGUCUUGCAAGUUUUAAAACAACAGUGAAGAACGAUGGCUACUCAGGCUGCUGCUGCUGCCUCAUUCAAGGGAAACUUGAAGAAAGCUGUGGCAGGUAUAAAGCGUAUCAAUCUCGACGGUCUUCGUUGGCGUGUUUUUGAUGCCAGAGGCCAGGUUCUUGGUAGACUAGCUUCCCAGAUAUCAACCGUGCUUCAAGCCAAAGAUAAGCCUACUUAUUGUCCAAACCGCGACGAUGGCGAUAUUUGUAUUGUUCUCAAUGCUAAGGAAAUUGGCUUCACUGGAAGAAAGCUCACUGACAAAUUCUACCGUUGGCAUACUGGGUACAUUGGACACCUCAAGGAACGGAGUCUCAAAGAUCAGAUGGCCAAAGAUCCCACAGAGGUCAUACGUAAGGCUGUCUGGCGCAUGCUUCCAAGUAACAAUUUGCGUGAUGACAGGGAUCGGAAGCUGAGGAUAUUUGAAGGCGGUGAGCAUCCUUUUGGGGACAAGCCACUUGAGCCAUUUGUGAUGCCGCCUCGUAGAGUGAGAGAGAUGCGACCGCGCGCAAGGCGAGCAAUGAUCCGUGCGCAGAAGAAGGCAGAGCAGGCAGAAAAUGAGGGAACAGAGGUAAAGAAAGGAAAGAAGAGGACCCCCUCUCAAGUAACUGCGUAGAGGAAUCACUUCAGAGGAAGCUAGUGAUGUGACUCGUCUUAUUAUCUGUAAGCAACGUUCAUAAUGCAGGCGUGGAUAAGCUUUUAAGGCUUUCUUGUUUAUUGAGUAUCAGACAAUAAACCUGUUUAUGGAUC